UUCCUCCUUCUCUUAACCAAAACCCUAAUCUCUCACACUCAAAAUACUCACCGCCGGAGUUUCAAUGGCCGCCGCCGCCGUCCGCCCUUUAGUCUCCGUCCAAUCACUUCCAUCACAAAAUGAUAUGGCCACCGAUGCCGCCACCACCGUGCCACUCCCCGACGCAAUGAAGGCGUCGAUCCGACCCGACAUCGUGAGCUUUGUCCACUCACAGAUGUCAAACAAUAGCCGCCAGCCGUACGCCGUUUCUAAAAAGGCCGGUCACCAGACAUCAGCAGAAUCAUGGGGUACUGGACGCGCCGUCUCGCGUAUUCCACGUGUUCCUGGUGGCGGUACUCACCGUGCCGGUCAGGGAGCUUUUGGAAACAUGUGUCGCGGAGGUCGCAUGUUUGCCCCGACCAAGAUCUGGCGCCGCUGGCACCGGAAGAUCAACGUCAACCAGAAACGUUACGCCGUGGCGUCUGCUCUCGCCGCCUCCGCUGUGCCGUCCUUGGUUAUGGCUAGGGGACAUAAAGUGGAGUCAGUUCCCGAACUGCCACUGGUUAUCUCAGACUCCGUUGAGGGGAUUGAGAAGACAUCUGCUGCUAUUAAGGUUUUGAAGGAGAUCGGUGCUUAUCCCGAUGUUGAGAAGGCGAAGGACAGCCAUUCGAUCCGCCCUGGGAAGGGUAAGAUGAGAAACAGGCGAUAUAUUUCACGCAAGGGUCCUUUGAUUGUCUACGGAAAUGAAGGUGCGAAGCUCGUGAAGGCUUUUAGGAACGUUCCUGGUGUUGAAAUUGCAAACGUGGAGAGGCUCAAUCUGCUGAAACUUGCCCCCGGAGGUCAUUUGGGCCGAUUUGUGAUUUGGACCAAAUCGGCUUUUGAGAAGCUGGAUUCGAUCUAUGGGUCUUUUGAGAAGAGUUCGGAAAAGAAAAAGGGGUAUCUGUUGCCGAGGUCUAAAAUGGUGAACGCUGACUUGGCUAGGAUUAUCAAUUCAGAUGAGGUGCAGUCUGUGGUGAAGCCGAUUAACAGAGAUGUUAAGCGGGCUACAUUGAAGAAGAAUCCUCUGAAGAAUCUGAAUGUGAUGCUCAAGUUGAACCCAUACGCGAAGGCAGCAAGGAGAAUGUCGCUUUUGGCUGAGGCUCAGCGUAUUAAGUCCAAGAAGGAGAAAUUGGACCAGAAAAGAGUGCCGGUUUCCAAGGAGGAGGCUACUGCGAUCAAGGCCGCUGGAAAGGCGUGGUAUAAAACUAUGAUCUCCGAUAGUGAUUACACCGAGUUUGAGAACUUCUCAAAGUGGCUUAAUGUUAGCCAGUAAUUUAGUUUUCUGCAAUUUUAGUUUUGGACCAGAUUUUGUUUCUCUGUUUUGUUUUGAUAGUUACUACUUAUUGGUUGUUUUUAUAUUGAACAUGGAUGAGAAUCGGCCUGAAGGAAAAGAGGAGACUGAUUGUGUUUUGAAUGUUUUAAUUUCCUUCCUGCUCUUUUAUCUUGUUUGUUUAGGUAAAACAUUUUAUCAUAAGAUGAGUACUCAAGUUAAGUAUUUUAUUAUUA